CCCCCACAAUCAUAUGAUCAAACCCCACUUACUCCUACAAACUCUCGUAUCCUCUGUUUCACUCAUUACGAAACAAACUCAUGUUCAAAGAUUGAGACACAAACCGAAACAGAACACGAUACAAUGUUUUGUUUUCUAUUCGGAUGGAGAAAGACCUCAAAGUGUAAAAGUGUAGUGAAACAGCUUCAAUGUCGUCUAAAGCUACUCAAGAACAAGAAAUACGCCAUUACCACACACUAUCGACACGACAUAGCUCAGUUGAUUCGUAUUGGUGAACGUGACCGUGCUCUUCAUCGUGCUCAACAGCUCUACGUCGAUGAGAAUCUCAUGUCUCUCUACCACUUGUUGCUUCACUUCUCCGACCUAAUCCUCCAAAACCUUUCUUACAUUCGUAGACGUAGAGACCUUUCUAAUGGCAUCAACGAAGCUGUUUCAACACUUGUCUUUGCCUCUGCGAGAUGUGGAGAUUUGCAUGAGCUACGUAGUUUGAGGAUUCUUUUUGGUGAACGUUACGGGCAACAGUUUGUGGAUACUGCUCUUAAUCUUCUCCCUGGCAAUUGUGUCAACCCUCAGGUUAUAGAGAAGCUCUCUGUAAUCACAGUAUCGUAUGAAGCCAAGUCAAAACUGUUGAGUGAGAUAGCAGCAGAGCAAGGCCUUCGUCUAGAAGUUUUGGCGCUCCAAUACACUCCUGAGUUUCACAAACAGGUACUAAAGAGCGAGGAGGCAGAAGAAGAGAAAGAAGUCAUGGGCUCACAAAAGGCUGAGAGCGAGGCAGAAGUGUAUAAGUUCACUCUCACUGAUGCAGACACAGAGGAAAAACAAGAGAAACAAAGAGAAGUAUGUGAGGAGGAUUGUUUCAUAGAGGAAGAAGUAGUGGAGAAAGAUCAGAGAGUAUUUAGAUUCAAAGAGACUGAUGAAGAGAGCAAAGAGAGAAAUAGGUCAAGGAGAAAAACAAGAUCAUCAUCAAGCAGUCCGGUCGCAAAAGACAUGGAUUGUUGGAGGUAUUACUACAAAGGAAGGAGAAGUCGUCAAAGAAGAGAGUGUGGUACUGGUCGAUGUUACCAUAUAGUGUACAACGUGUUUACAAUGUUGCCUGAUGGUAAAGGAAAUGGAGGAGAAGGAGAAAUAAUCUUCAAGGAAGCUAAGCAUGUUCAUCCUAAACUUCCUGACUAUGAUCAGCUUGUUGCUCACUUUACUGCUCUUAGGAAACAACAACAACAGAAACAUAUGCGUUGA